GUGUGUGGCCGUCAUGUGAGGUGUCAGAGUGGAACAGGACUCCCAGCGUCACUGGCGGAAGGUCACCGGGCGGAGGAACCGAGCGGAAGCGGGAUUCGAAGCCUGUCCGCCAUUGUGGAACAUGGCACGGCAUAUUCCCGUAAAACCCGCGUCACUUUCCCUCUGACUGGCUCGCCCACAUCCCCUCCGCAGGCGACAUUCGUAGAAAAGAGGCCAUUUUUUAUUUUUUUUUGCCUAGGAAAAAAAAAAAAAAAAGGCGUCGUCGUGUGUUUUCCGCGAACCGUCGUGCGCGGAGGGAUCUAGCCGGAGCGCAGCGGCUGAGAGCAGCGCGCGAGACCGAGGGAGAGGACGCCGCGCUCGGACAGCGUGCUGAGCAGCCCCCCUCCUCCUCCGGCUUCCUGGAGGAUGUCUGCCACCACCGUGGAGCAGAGACCUAAAGGACAGGGAAAUAAAGUGCAAAACGGAUCAAUGCAUCAGAAGGAUGGAGUGAAUGAUGAUGACUUUGAGCCUUACAUAAGCAGCCAGACAAAUCAGAGUACCAACUACCCACCCAUGUCCGACCCCUACAUGCCCAGCUACUACACCCCGUCUAUCGGCUUCCCUUACUCCCUGGGGGAGGCUGCCUGGUCCACGGCCGGGGACGCGGCCACCAUGCCCUACCUCGCCACCUACGGACAGAUGAGCAACGGCGAGCCGCACUUCAUCCCCGACGGCGUCUUCAACCAGGCCGGCGCGCUGGGGAGCACCCCGCCCUUCCUGGGCCAGCACGGCUUCAACUUCUUCCCCGGCAACGCGGACUUCUCCACCUGGGGCACCAGCGUGUCCCAGGGCCAGUCCACGCAGAGCUCGGUCUACAGCAACAGCUACGGCUACGCGCCCAGCUCGCUGGGGCGGGCCAUCGCCGACGGGCAGGCGGGCUUCGGCGGCGGCGGCGACGGCCAGCACGGCAAGGGGCCUGUGCCGAGCGGCAUGGAGCAGGGGAUGGCGGGCCUGAAACUGGGCGCCGACGUGGCCGUCACCAAGACGGUGGGCUCGCCUCUGGGAAUGAGCAAUAAUCUUCCGCCUUCAGCCAUCAAGCCCUCCUCCUGGGCCGCCGUCGCCAAGAAGCCGGCCAAGCCGUCAAUUAAAACCAAGCCCAAAGCCAACAUGGGGAUGGCAUGCGGCGCCAUUCCGCCGCCCCCUAUAAAGCACAACCUGAACAUUGGCACCUGGGACGACAAGGGCUCUCUGAACAAGCCUCCCUUGGCUCAGACGCUGAUGCACACGCCGCCGCUCCUGGCUCCGCCCCCGGCCUUACUGCAGACCCCCUUGACCCAGCCCUUCCACCUCCAGUCCCUGCACCUCCCCGGUCCACCGCCUCCCAGCCGCUGGGUGGCGCCAAGGAACCGCGGCGACUGCUUCGGCCCGAGCGCGGCGCCGUGCUCCGGCGAGGCGCACCCGGCGCUGGAGAAGCUGCGCGCCCUCAACAACUACAACCCCAGGGAGUUCGACUGGAGCUUGAAAAACGGCCGCGUCUUCAUCAUCAAGAGCUACUCUGAGGACGACAUCCACCGCUCCAUCAAGUACUCCAUCUGGUGCAGCACGGAGCACGGCAACAAGCGUCUGGACGCCGCCUACCGCUCGCUGGGCGGCAAGGGCCCGCUCUACCUGCUCUUCAGCGUCAACGGCAGCGGGCACUUCUGCGGCGUGGCCGAGAUGCGCUCGCCGGUGGACUACGAGGCCCACGCCGGCGUCUGGUCGCAGGACAAGUGGAAGGGCAAGUUCGAGGUGAGGUGGGCCUUCGUCAAGGACGUGCCCAACAACCAGCUGCGGCACGUGCGGCUGGAGAACAACGACAACAAGCCCGUCACCAACUCGCGCGACACGCAGGAAGUGCCGCUGGAGAAGGCCAAGCAGGUGCUGAAGAUCAUCGCCGCCUACAAGCACAGCACCUCCAUCUUUGACGACUUUGCACAUUACGAGCGGCGCCAGGAGGAGGAGGAGGCCCUGAGGAAGGUGAGGUGGACGCACAAGCCGCUAGGGCUGCCCUAGGUCCUCCGCUCGUGGGCCCGCUCCCUUCCGACAAAUAGCGCAAUUUCUUGGCCACGCUCUUCAACGCUCGCCGUGGCGCCGUUUUUGUAACCGGGAAGCAACGUGAAUAAAAAUGUGUAACAGUCAAGUUA